UUGUGACUAGGUACGGACGCGCGCCGGUCGUUGUCGGACAGAAUCGUAUGACUUGAAUGACAAUAAUCGAUCGAAUUUGAAUAUUUAGUUUGCUGUGAUUGAUUUGUGACGUGUGGGAUAGUUUGAGAGGAGUGCGAAAGGCGCCAAAGUGGAUCUGGAGUUACACCACCGUGCCAGCGGUCACCUGAUGAGUGCCGCUGGUGCGAUGUGCGAUCGCGGCAGCUACGGCAGCACCAUGGGGCACUUCUCAAUGGGCCCCAUGAGCAUGAGUCUCGGCAUGGACGCCAUCAGCGCCAUGAACCAGCAGAAGAAGAGCCCCGAGGAACAUAUCAAGCGGCCAAUGAACGCGUUCAUGGUCUGGUCCAGACUACAGAGGCGGAAAAUCGCGCAGGAUAAUCCCAAAAUGCAUAAUUCAGAGAUAUCUAAAAGAUUAGGUGCAGAGUGGAAGUUACUCACAGAGGAUGAGAAGAGGCCCUUCAUCGACGAGGCCAAGCGGCUCCGCGCGAUGCACAUGAAGGAGCAUCCCGACUACAAGUACAGGCCGCGGCGGAAACCCAAGACUCUCAGGAAGGAGGGCUACCCUUACUCCAUACCCUACCCCAGCGUACCCAUGGAUGCCCUCCGAGCUGGUAUGGCGGGUGGCGGGAUGGGACAGGCCAUGUCAGGUUACUACGGCGCGGCGUAUGGCUCGCUGGGAGCCAGCAUGGCUGCUGCGGCCGCUGCUGCAGCUCAGCAGAACGCCAUAUCAGCGGCGCUCACGCCCAACGCACAGGUGGGAAGUUCAAUGGACAUGGCGAAGUAUUCCAUUGAGGAGAAAUACAGGAGUUACGGUAUGUACCCGGACCCUACCAGGAGCUACCUGGACUCAGCAACCCUCUCCAAAGCUUACAUGUACAUGGAUCAGCAACAGCAGCGGUACCCCAUGGACAUCAGCAAGAUGUACUCGGAAGCAUCAGCCGCCGCAAUAGCUGGUCUGAGCUCCAGUGUCAACCCUUCUAUAUCCCCGAGGUCCACAGAUUCGCCGGACACUAAGAACGAUCGACCCGAAGGCAGCUCCUCCACGGGGUCGAACCCUUCACCCUCCCUACCUUACUACCAGAACUCAAGUCUGCUGAUGCCCCAGUAUCCUGGCCAGUACCCACAAACUACACAAAAUGGCGCGGAGUACAGACGCCCUUUGACUGUUAUAUUUUGACCAGAUAAUUAAACUGGUAAUGCAGACUUUAUGAUUAUUGUAAAAUAUAAUGUGGUGAAGACCUUAUUUCUCCAUCGUUAUACUUCGAUACCUAAUUUUUUGCUGAUCCAAUUACGCACACUGAUUUUGACAUGGAUUAAUUAUGAAUGGUUUCUAAUAGAUCCUAUUUGGUUCAGCUUAGAUCAGGCUAUUGUGAGAUCUUCUGAAUAAGCACUGGAGCUAUCGCUGAUUUAGAUACUGAUAAUCGAUUCAUUUUAAAAUUCAGGAGUCGAUUCGUAAUUUCAACUAGUCUAACUGGAUUUGGAAAUUUUAUACUGUUAUCAGUAGAACUUAAUUUUCCUUUAUCUAAUGUUAAACAGACUGACCUAAAUGUAGUAUGUGUUAGUUAUGGCUAUUUUGAUUAUAUUCAAAGUCAAAAUUUAGCAACUAUUCUCAUAAUAAAUAGAUCAUUUCAACCUCCUAUUUGGAAAAAAUAACCUUAAGGCCGCUAUCCCAAGAAAUCGCCAAAAUAGCACAUACUUGAAACAUUUCGUAACGGUUUAUAUAAAGCUUUUAUUUUUACAAAAAAUAAUUAUAUUUCUACAGAAUAUAAGAAGUAAAUUCAUAUUUUCUUCACAUCUCUAUCUAUAGUAGACAUUGUGAAAAAAAACACCAAAGAACCCCUUACUUUUACAGUUUGAGGCAUGCUAAUUAUUCAAUCUAGAUAAAAAUAGUUCAAAAAUUUAUUACUUGUACACCAAAACUAUUCAACAUGCCAUAGUUUUGUAAACAAAAUUGUAUUAUGUUUGUAAUAAAUUAAAAAUGCUACUAAUUCUAAAUUAAAACUAUGGCGAUCUUGUGCGAGGGAGGUAACCUAGCUCCGCUCGAUUCCUCAAUCCUCCUCAAGGCCAUCGGCUCAAUCCCCCGCCUUAAAUCUUAAUAUAUAUAAAUUACGUGACACUUUGUUUAUCCGCUAUGGACUCCUAAACUAAUGAACGGAUUUAAAUGGGGAUUACUUCAUGGAGUGCAGUUUAGUCAAACUUGAGAGAUAGAAUAGUUUUGAUUUUGAUUUGGGACCCAUAAUUAUUAUUAUUUUCAAUAUUUGUUUUGUAUUAUGGACAUAUUUUCUAUGAGAGAAUUUAGUGACCCACGGUUUGACAGUUCCACUGUGAAACAAUUUCAUUAUAACAACAGGGAGCGAUUUUUGCAAAUAAUUCUUGAUGUUUUAAAAUAUUAUUGGCAAAUUACUAUUAAACAGUAUUUUUUUUUAUUAUCUACAGAACAACGUCUGUCGGGUCAGCUUGUAAACAUAUAAAUAUCAUUUAAGCGUUCUACCACUACAUAUAUUUUACAAUUUUCAUAAUAUGUCGCGUCUCUAUACAAAUAGCAUAUUAUAUAAUUUUAUUAUCUAAAACAUUUUUCCAAGUUCCUUAUUUGCAUUCCAAUGAGCCAUUGUAAAUAGUCUCGACACAUGUAUAUAGCUUACGAAUUUUAAAACCUCUAGUUCUUACUCUGUAAAUGUAUAUAAUUAGUUUAUUGUUAGUGUUUAUACAAAUCUUAUUGCGAUUUGUAACUGAUGUAAUGUUUGUAAAUGUUCUAAGUUUUUUUAGGAAGCAAGUUCAAUAUGACGUCAACCUUAUAUUAAGCAUUGGUAUCCACUGCGCUCCAACUAGAUACCGCACCACCUUAGAACAAUAGCUUAUUUAUUAGGGCAACUAUUAGAUGCUUGUGUGCGAGGCAUAUUGACACUCAAUGGCAUCUUUCAAAUAUUGUAAGAUACGCUUUGUGUUAUUUUACGCAACUAUUAAAAUACAAAAUACUUACUGAUGAUAUGUAAAGUAACUUAUUUCUUGUAGUGUUAUUUUUACAAAGUUAAAACUACGAAACGUUUGAAUUAUUACCAAAGUUUAACAAAACAUGUGGUACGUCGAGGUCACACAUUGUUUGAGACUGGCUCGAGUACGCCUACUAGGGCGUAGUAUUAUUUGCCGCACUUUGCGACUACGCAUGCGAUAUCUAGUUGGAGCGCAGCAGAGACCAAUCCUUAAUCUAAGUCGUCAACUAACAAUGAUUUCAACAACCGUGCUACGAGCGCUAGCUUUAAUUUUAAAUUAUUAUAAAACAGAAUAUCAUCAAACGAAUUAUUUUCAUCUUAUUUAUUACGUGAUUUGGAAAAGUUUAAUUAUUGACUUAAAUUACCUAAAUUUAACCUACCGACAUAUACAAAAUUCAUCAUUAAAAUUCUUAUAACCAUUCCACUAGCUCAUGGUAGCGACAAAUUAUUUUGUGCUGUAAAUAAUUUAAAAGAUAUCAAUAUUUUUUAUUUUUAAACUCUUAUAAAUUUGCCUCGAAUGUCAUUUGAAAAUGCACCAAUUUAUCUAUUAUAAAUUGAGUGAAUUUUGUCGAACAACGAAACUUAUAAUAGUCCUAGAUAUUUCGUUAAUUUGUGAACACUAAAAUACGUAUUUUAUUACAAUUCUUAUCACAUACUUCUUGCUUGGGCAAAUACAUUAUUUUUGUAUCCAAAAAUUUUUGUGAACAAUAUUAUUAUAAUUACUUUAGAAUUACUCUCAAAGCAUUGAGCUGUCGUAUCAACAUAUAUAACUAGCUAAAAUCAUUUGUUUUGGUGUUAAAGUUAAAGUAAAAUGACAGUUAAAAUGUUUCUGCUGAGAUGUAAUACAAUUGUAUAUUUCUUGAAUAUUGCAUUUAUUUCUUUACAUAUACCAAUGCAGAUUAGUCUUAAAUUUUAGUAAAAAUUAACGAGUAUCGCCACCGUUUUAAAUUCGUUCAAAAUUAGAAUGAAUAGUCACACUAUUAUUUCUAUUUAAAACAGAAUUAAUAGUUUAAAUACUUAAAAAACAAAAUUAAAGAAAUAAAGAUAGUAAAAAACCCAACAUAGAAUUUAAAGAUGUUUUAAAUUAUAGCAAAUAUUGAUAACGUACGGUCUAUGCAAUAUGUUAUUUUUUUAAGUGAUAAUUCUCACUUCUGGGAUUAAUAACACAACUUCAAUAUAAAAACAAAAUUUAUUAACGAUACGUCACUCGAACGGUUGGCUCAGUGGAAGAGCGCUCGCACGGAACGCGAGAGGUCGCGGGUUCUAGUCCCGCAUCGUUCAUAAAUUUAUUUUUUAAAUUUAAUUUGUGUAACGUAGAUACCUAUCGGUACCUAUCUAUCUAAUAGAUGUGACUAUGAUCCCACGUACAAGAAAGUCAAUGUGAUUUCAUAAAGCACAUAAUAUUAGAAAUUGUGUUAUGUACUUUGAAUUAUUUAUUUCGAGUAAUUACAUCUAUCAAUAUUUACAGUUUUGAAUAUUUUGUGUUAUAAAUAUUAAAUAUUGUAUUUAAUAAUCAUAUUGUUGGACAUAUAGAUAAAUAAUUAAUUGACUUAUAAAUAGUAAAAUA